CCUCAUGGAUAAGAUUCAAGUUUUAGAUUAAGAUCUGAGUUUGAUUCCCCGUUAGACGACUUUGGGAGCAGGUGCUUUAACUUCUCUGGGCCUCAGCUUCCGCAUCUGUAAAAUGGGGACGAUAAUGCUGAGUACACAAAGGUUUUAGCAUGGUUCUUGGGAAAGCUAGCUAUUUGGACUUCCUCCUUUCGUCGGUGGAUGUCUGGCAGUGAAUGCUUGCUAGGAGCUAGACAUGGUGCUGAGCGCUGACUAUACACCCAGAAGAAGAAGAUGGCAGUGAAUGUAUACUCGACAUCAGUCACCAGUGAUAAUCUAAGUCGACAUGACAUGCUGGCCUGGAUCAAUGAGUCUCUGCAGUUGAAUCUGACAAAGAUCGAGCAGUUGUGCUCAGGGGCUGCCUAUUGUCAGUUUAUGGACAUGCUUUUCCCUGGCUCCAUUGCCUUGAAGAAAGUGAAAUUCCAAGCUAAGCUAGAACAUGAAUAUAUCCAGAACUUCAAAAUACUGCAAGCAGGUUUUAAAAGGAUGGGUGUUGACAAAAUAAUUCCUGUGGAUAAAUUAGUAAAAGGAAAGUUUCAGGACAAUUUUGAAUUCGUUCAGUGGUUCAAGAAGUUUUUUGAUGCAAACUACGAUGGAAAAGAGUAUGACCCUGUAGCUGCCAGACAAGGUCAGGAAACUGCAGUGGCUCCUUCCCUUGUUGCUCCGGCUCUGAAUAAACCGAAGAAACCUCUCAGCUCUAGCAGUGCAGCUCCACAGAGACCCAUUUCAACACAGAGAACUACUGUGACUCCUAAGGCUGGCCCCGGGGUGGUGCGGAAGAAUCCUAGUGUGGGCAACGGGGAUGAUGAAGCAGCUGAACUGAUGCAGCAGGUCAAUGUAUUGAAACUUACUGUUGAAGACUUGGAGAAAGAAAGAGAUUUCUACUUCGGAAAGCUAAGGAACAUUGAAUUGAUUUGUCAGGAGAAUGAGGGGGAAAAUGACCCUGUAUUGCAGAGGAUUGUAGAUAUUCUCUAUGCCACAGACGAAGGCUUUGUGAUACCUGAUGAAGGGGGCCCACAGGAGGAACAAGAAGAGUAUUAACACCCUGGACCAGCAGAGCAGUGUCAGAAUUCUUCACUCCAAAUCAUGUGCUUAACUGUAAAAUACUCCCUUUUGUUAUUCUUAGAAGAUUCACUGGUUUCUUUUCAUAAGCAAAAAGUACCUCUUUUUAAACUUUGCAGAAGUUUCACUCCUUUUCCAAUAAAUUUGAGUUAGGAGCUUUUACCUUGUAGCAGAGCAGUGUUAACAUCUAG